AUACCUUGCCCUUCCUUUUCUUCAUGUAUAUAAUAAAAAGGGUGGAAUGUUAGGCUUAAAGAAUUCACCCUUCCCAAACUUCCAUGCAAACCUAUAAAACCCACCGCUCUCCCCAUCCUAGACCCCUAGGGAGAUACAGGAAAUGCAAAAGGGGAACUUACUUUCCUUAUCCCUCUCAUUUGUUUGAAAAGUAUUUACUCCUUCCAGAAAAACCCUCUGUAAAACCCAAAGCUCUCCCUUUUCUCUCGUGGACGCCUUUUUCAGCUUCCACCCAUCUGCACCCAGGUGCUCAAAAUAAACAGCAUUUUGCUACACAUGAGGCUUUGCCUCUCUCUCUCUCUGCUCUGGACCUAACAGCUUUAAUGCGCAUUUCCCUAAAGGCUAAUGUUGAACAUCUUUUUAUGGGUAUAUUUGCCACCUGUGACUUCAGUAAAAUGUCUGUUCAUGUCUUUUUUCCAUUUUCAAACCGAAUAGUUUUUUUUUUAGCAGGCAUGAGACAUAAUUUAUGUUUUACAAAAAUCACUCCAGCUGCUUUGAGAAUUAACUAAGUAAAGGGGCCAAGAGUUGACACACCUGUGGAGCAGAUAGGAGAGGAGCUAUGGCCGUCCAGGAGAGAGAUGAGGGGAGCUGCAACUGGGUGCUAGCGCUGGAGAUGGAGGAAAAGGGACACAUUCUGGAAUAUUCAGUACACUGGAAGGAGAGUUUCCAGGACUUGCAGAAGGAUACGAAGAAUCAAGGACUUCCAGGUGCCCGGGGUGUCCUUUACAGAGGGAGAAACAGGUUGGGGGAAGGGGAAUGGAGGCUCUGGACUUAAGUUUGGAUUGCAGUCACCAUGCUCGGGUGGAGGUCACAGAUAAUAAGCUUGACUUAGGCAGAGGCCGAGAGGAGAGCAGGGAUUUGAGAGGGAGAGAGAUUAGCAGGAAGCGGUGACUGGUUGAAUAUCAACAUCGGGGUGAGGACGUGCAAGUUUCGGACUUCUACGACUGACGACACAGGGACUCAGAGGCGCCCAGAAAAAUGAAGCCGACCCAGCCCUGCCCCGAGGGACGCUCCACGAGGGCGGAGGUGCCGGGAGGGCCGGGCCACGGUUCGCUGUAGCCAGCCAGGCUGCGGCGGAAGCGCGGCCAGGGCCGAUCAAAGCUCGGCUCCAGGCUGGGGGAGAGGGGGAGAGAGCGCGCUUCGUCCUCCAGGCCGAGGCCACUCGGCGUCCCGAAGGAGUUGUAAUUGGAGCAGAACUUCCAAGGUCAUGGAGAGACGCUAGGGAAGGCCUUUGAAGCAAAGAAACCUCUUUGGGUUUCGAGGACAGGCGUCCACACUAACAGCGUGGCCCAGCCACGUAGGGAGAGGGGCGGGGCCGGGGCCCACUCGGGCAUCUUCGGCCGAGGCUCGGCAAUAUCCCCACCUCCGGCGGGGGCCUCGGCCCCUGGGGCCUAUCCGGAAACAGCCGAGCGGAUCCGGAAACAGCCGAGCGGACCCGGAAGCGGUGAGAGCCGUCUCCAGGGAGUGCGGGAAUCCGCCGUUUGAGCUGAGGCGAUGGCGGCAGCUGCGCCGGCGGCCGCGGGCGAGGACGGGCGGCGGCAGCAGCCGGGGGCCGGUACGUGCGGGGCGGCCAUGCACGCGGGAGGCGCGCUGGACCCGCAACCCCAGGAAGGGGCAAAGGCUGAGGCCGAGUCAGGUGAGCUGGGCCGGCUUCGGGCUGAGCUGGCAGGUGCCCUGGCAGAAAUGGAGACCAUGAAGGCUGUGGCGGAGGUGAGCGAGAGCACGAAGGCCGAGGCUGUGGCUGCAGUGCAGCGGCAGUGCCAAGAGGAGGUGGCUUCGCUGCAGACCAUCCUGAAAGACUCCAUCAGCAGCUAUGAAGCCCAGAUCGCUUCCCUGAAGCAGGAGCGGCAGCAGCAGCAGCAGGACUGGGAGGAGAAGGAGCGGGAGCUGGUCCGCCUGAAGCAGCUGCUGUCCCGCACGCACCCCCUGGACUCCUUGGAGAAGCAGAUGGAAAAGGCCCACGAGGACUCGGAGAAGCUGCGGGAGAUCGUGCUGCCCAUGGAGCAGGAGAUCAGGGAGCUGAAGGCAAAACUGCUGAGGGCAGAGGAGGUGAUUGAAGAGAUGCAGAGACAGCCCCAGCAGCCCCCUUCCCUGCAUGGCUCCACGGAGUUGCUGCCCCUGUCCCGGGACCCGUCGCCCCCGCUGGAGCCUCUGGAGGAGCUGAGUGGAGACGGGGGCGCGGCAGCCGAGGCCUUUGCCCACAACUGUGACGACAGUGCCUCCAUCUCCUCCUUCUCCCUGGGUGGCGGGGCCAGCAGCAGUGCCUCCUUGCCCCGCAGCCGCCAGGGCCUGAGCCCUGAGCAGGAAGAGACAGCCUCUCUGGUGUCCACGGGUACCCUGGUCCCCGAAGGCAUCUAUCUGCCCCCUCCUGGCUACCAGCUUGUCCCAGACACCCAGUGGGAGCAGCUGCAGGUGGAGGGGCAGCAGCUACGGAAGGACCUAGAAAGCGUCAGCCGUGAGCGGGACGAACUGCAAGAGGGCCUGAGACGGAGCAAUGAGGACUGUGCCAAGCAGGUGCAGGUUCUUCUGGCCCAGGUUCAGAACUCAGAGCAGCUGCUGCGGACCCUGCAGGGGACAGUGAGCCAAGCCCAGGAGCGGGUCCAGCUGCAGAUGGCAGAGCUGGUCACCUCCCACAAGUGCCUGCACCACGAGGUAAAGCGGCUAAAUGAGGAAAACCAAGGGCUCCGGGCAGAGCAGCCGCCAUCCUUGGCUCCCCUGGGCCUGGAGCAGGACAAGGACGAGGAGGAGUUGCUGCCUAGCCUGGUGCCCGAGCUGCAGCUGCUGGUGCGCCGCACGCGGCAGGAGGCGCGGGCCCGGCAGCAGGCCCAGGAGCACGGCGCCGAGCGCCUGCGGAUUGAGAUCGUGAAGCUGCGGGAGGCGCUGGAGGAGGAGACGGCCGCCAGAGCCAGCCUGGAGGGGCAGCUGAGGGUGCAGCGGGAAGAGACAGAGGUGCUGGAGGCCUCCCUGUGCAGCCUGAGGACAGAGAUGGAGCGGCUCCAGCAGGAGCAGAGCAAGGCGCAGCCCCCAGACCCCAUAGAGCACAGGGUCAAGGUGAUGCGGCUGCAGGCAGAGCUGGAGACCAGCGUACAGGUGCAGAGGGAUUUUGUACGACUGUCCCAGGCCCUGCAGGUGCGCCUGGAGCGGAUCCGCCAGGCAGAGACCCUGGAGCAGGUGCGCAGCAUCCUAGACGAAGUGCCCCCAAAGGACGUCAGGGACCUCAGGGACACCUGAGGGGCCAGGGCGAGGACCACCCCCACCCAGGGAAGACUCUUUCCUCCACUCCUGCACUGUGAGGCUUUGGGGUCUCAGAUGGAGUCUUCACCCUCUCCAAGCCGGGGGCUGAGGUGACAGGGCUGCCACAGCCCUGCUCUUCCAGCCUCUUCUCCUAGGGGGUGGCUGGGCCCCCUGCUCUCAGGGAUGACACCUGGGGGAGGGUCCCAAUCUCCUCCCAGAACCAAAGGUGCAGGCUCAGCCCUGCGGCUGCGGCUUUCUGGCUGCUGUGCCACCAUCCCCAGCCAGCUCCCAGCCUCUGCAGCGGUGUCCCCUGCUCCAGCACAGCCGUCCUGGGUCAGUGGGGCCCUUGCACGGGGCCCUGGGACAGGCAGCUGCUCUCUGGUCUGCAUGACAUUAAGACGCUUGUCCACAGGGGCUCGACCCAGGCUUCAAGAUGAGCACAGAGGCAAGGCCAGACUUUUCUGUCAUUUAUUUUCAAUAAAUAAGCAGCUCAGCUCA